AUGUCGCGCGUCGAAGAACUCCCAGAUGACUUUGAUGAGUCGCUCAAUCUCAACAAAGCCCCUCCUGAGGCCGCCCAGAGCCUACCCCAGCCUGGGUUUGACGCCUUCGAUCCUACACACGAAAUUCCCUUCCCGAUCAAUGAGGAGGCACUGAAGGCGCGCCAGACCGAUCCCAAUGCACCUGAACUUCCGCCCGCUAUUGCGGCUAUCCAGUCGCAUACCCCAGAGGAGUUGAUGGCAAUGAUGAAUAAGACCCCCUGUUCAUGA